AAAAUGUAGCUCCACAUAAAUAAACAAGAGGCAAACAGGUCAUAAGGCUUUGGGCUCCGUCCUACGUAGUGUCUCCCUGUUUCUGUCAGAGAGAUUUCCUUGUGCACAGCAUGUAAACAUGUAAUGUGUUUGGGGAAGGUUAAUACAUGCAAAUAUAACACCAGUACAGAGAGCAUGUCAGAAGUUCUUUAUUAGCACUACGACAACUGAAGCACUAAUCUUAUUUAGAAAAUGGGUGAUCACAAGCAUUUAAACUGGAGGAAGAAGAGCGUUGUCCCUAUCUGUAUGGGGUCCUGAAGUCAACAGUUUUCUUGUAAUGCACAAGAUCAACAUUCCCGGAGCAUCCUGGGCUGUGGUGGCCUCCAUCACUGCUCACACAGUGGGCAGCUGAUCUCAGGACAGGCAGCUCGGCAGGGACCUGUGCUGCUGGGCAAGGUGUGUGGUGCUGGCCAGGUGUGCUGCACAGACACCUCUGGGGGAAACAAGGAGUGUGAGGACAUGGAAGCACCAGGUGAUUUACUUGGACACCACUGUCACUCCUUCAUCUCUAAAAUUUCAUUCAGAUUAAUGCACAGGUGCUAUGAGACUUUUUUUUUUUCUUCUUUUUUUCCCUAGAGAGCACUUGAAGUGAGGUUGUUCCUUAUGGAAUGCGAUGUCCACGUCAGCACAAUUAACUGAUCAUAAGAGUGAGACUGAUUAACCUGUUGUCACUCCUGUCUCCUAUUGCCAUGGUGUGUCCUGAGUGGUAUACAUGUCCACGUAUCUGUCUUGUGGUAACAGCUAUGUGGUUUAUAUGUAGGAUAAGGGUGUAAACAAUAAACCUUGACAUCUUCGGUUGGCUCCCGGAGGGCACGGGUGAAGCCUCACUUUGGCCCGGUAAGAAAGUUGCUCAGGCCUGGGAGAAGGCCCCAGUUUUGAUGCAUAGAUCUGCCUGCCCGCUGCUGUACCCUAACAGCUGUGCGUGUGCCUACGGAAAACAGAGGGGCUCAAGGUGUGGGGUGAGAGGCGGGAGCUCACUGGAGUCAGCUAAAGAGCCCGGCGCCAUGACCGCCCGUUCCCACCCGCCCGAACGUGAAGCCGCUCGGCCAGCAGGCCAGGCCGCCGCCGUCACCGCCCGCCCUUUAUGCGGCGGCGUUGCCAGGCGACGGGCAGAGCCACGGCGGGCGGGGCGGUGUUUGGAGCUCUGUCAGGUCCGGCCCGUGGGCUCAGGCGCUGCCAGGCGGGAUCCAGACGCCGCCGCCAUGCCGGGGAAGCGCAGUGGCCGCCGGGCGGCGAGGCGGCGCGGCGUGUUGCAGGGUGAGCGACAAAAAGCACUUUCUGCUCAUGCAGCAAGAGAGCAAGCAGCCGAAUACUCAGAUGACAAAGAGAGUGACAAAGACGGCACAUUAAACGGUAUUGGAAAAGAACUUAACGGAAGGAAUUCAGGUGCUGGAAGCACUAAGAAAUUGGUUGCUGUUGACAGUCCUCUCUCAGAUGAGUAUGCUUCGCAAAAAGCAGCAGAUUUGGAAAAAGAAGCUGCUGAUGACUCGACUUUAUCCUUCCAUGAAAAGAAGCUUCCACAAACAAUGCUUUUAGAAAGUGAAAACAUACAGGAUGGCAGAGAAGAUGGUGAAGAAGAGUGUUUGGAAAGUCAAAAUGAGGAUGAUAACAGGAAAAAUAAUCAAGAGUGUUCAGCUCCUGAAGAAGCACCAUGUGGUAAUGGUGAAAGUGAGCACUGUAAUGACUUGCCUAUUCAUGAACUACAGGAAAAAAGAAAUCAAGAGAGAAGCAAACCAAUACGGGAGUGCAAAACAAGAAAUGCUUCAGCAUCAGAUCACGAUCCGAAGACCAGCACCAGUGACUUGGAAGUAGAGGACAAUAGUGGAAAAUCCCAUUCUGUGACAGAAGUAAUGAAGACCACAGUAGAUGAGAAAACGAAGGAAUUAGAGAAGUCAACAGAUGACAGUUCAGAUGAAAUGGUGAAAAUAGCGGAAGGGCAAAUAGUAACUGAUACAACACAGAAGGCAUCAGUGAAUGAUCGGUCUGAGCAUGGGGAGGCAAAGAGCACUUCAAAGGACUCUGUCAAGAAAACAAGUGAAACAAAGGAGAGAGCUCUACAAAAUGCGAAAGUUUCUGUAUCUGAGAGGGGUUUGUCUUCUGCACACUUAAAGAAAAAGGUGAAAGCUGUUGCUUCAGCUACAACUGCUUCACCUCAAUAUCUGGGAACAUUAAAGUUGUUGGAGAAUGAACGCGUGUGGAAGAACAGUACAGAAUUUGACAAAGCAGAUAGUCUACGAGCAGCCGUUUUCCAGAAUUGGUUGGAAAAGAAAAGGGCUGCUUUACUGCAAUCGAAGAGAAUUGAAAAGGAGAAAGCUGAAAAUCUAAGGAACAAUAUUGAGAAGAAAGAAGCUGUUAAAAGAGAGGAAGCAAAUGCAGCUUUUGAAGCCUGGAAAAAAAAGAAAGCAAUAGAAGCAAAGAAGUUACGUGAAAAAAAGAAGCUUGAGGAACUUAAGGAAAAAAAAGCAACAGAACAGAACAAGGAGAAAGCAGAAGCAGCACAGAAGGCAUUUGAAAAAUGGAAAGAAAGAAAAGCGGAAUAUUUAAGAGAGCAAAGCAGAAAGGAGAAACAGUCUGAAAGAAUCAGGAAGAAGAAAGAAGAGGAACUGGUUGCAGAGAAGAAGAGAGACAGCAUGUCAGCAGUUGAAAAAUGGAAUGAAAAAAAGGAAGAAUAUAUGAAAAAGAAGAAAGUGGAAAAAAUCCUAGAGAAAAGAAAGCAAGAAAUACAACAGGCAGAGAAGGAAGAAAAAGAUAAAAAGGCAGUGGAAGAAUAUGACAGAUGGCUGGAGCAACCAUCUCUGAAGGGCCAACUCACCGUAGCACAAAACAUACAAAGCCGAGGAGCAUCUCCAGCUGCAACUGAGAAGAAAGAGAGGAAAGAGCAGCUUGAUAAGAAGCAAAAGAAGAUGCAUGCUGUCCAUGGGGAUGAAGCGCCUUCUCCCUGGAGUCCACCUGGCAAAGUCACGUAUUCAAGGAAUUAAUGAGCAGCCUAUUGCCUUCUGUGAGAAAAGAUGAUCUACAAAGUUCUGAUGAUGACUAACCUCUAUUUCAAUAAUAGCUGAUUUUCACUGAAUCCAUAAUAGUUGUUGCAUCCUUUCUUUUUGUUUUAUUUUCUCUCUGGAGUUUAAAUAGAUCAGUUGUCCCUUUCCAUUGCUUUAGAAAAUUGACUAAGUUUUAUAAUUCCGCAUUUAACUUAGUUUUGCUAAAUCCUGUGUUACUUUGUCCCAUUUUAGUGAAAGUGUAUAUUCAAGAUACAGAAUGCUGGAUUCUGGCAUUUCUUUUUCACCCAGUAAGUAGCAGAAUGGUUAUUUUGAAGUUGCUAGGCCACACUCCUGAGGAGUUAAGUCUGGAGGAAAUGCUUUGUGAAGGGGGGACGGUGGGUAAGCAGGUGUUGGCUCUCUUAAAAUCAUAGAAUCGUUUUGAUUGGAAGAGACCCUCAGGAUCAUCGAGUCCAGCCAUAAUCUAACCUAAGUCUAGCACUAAACCAUGUCCAUAAGAACCUCAUCUAAACACCUUUUACACACUUACAAGGAUGGUGACUCCACCACUUCCCUGUGCAGCCUGUUCUAGUGCCUGACAACCCUUUCCAUGAAGAAUUUUUUCCUGACAUCCAAUCUAAACCUCCCUUGGUGCAACUUGAGGCCAUUUCCUCUUGUCCUAUCACUUGCUACUUUGGAGAAGAGACCACACUAUCUUGCAGUGAUAGAAGACAAAAGGCUGAGCAGAAUGGUAGAGAAACAUCAUUUUCAUACAUGCAGAGACAAGCUACAGAGAACAUAAUUCUUAGGUUAUAUUACAUUAUGAAAUAUAAAAAUAGCUUCAAAAUUAAAACUGCAUCAAGCAGAAACAGGAUUUUGUGGGGCCAAAACCAGUCAGCCAUGUGAUGUUGCAAAAGAAUUAAACUGCAAUCCAUAUAAUGUAAAACGAUCCAGGACUAAGUAAGUUUCUAGCUGUUAAUUCUAUUUAAGAUCUUAAUAUACAUUCCCUAAAUUUCCUGCUUCCUACAGGAGGCACCAGGUUUGGAGGCAUAUUUUUCACUUCACACAAAAUCUUACAUAAAAACUGCAAGGGCAGAAGAGUGGUACUUGUAUGAGGCAACCUUAGACACUAAUUUAUUUUUUUCUAAUUGAAUUUAAAGGCUUGUGUGGUUGUUUUUACAUGAACAAGUAAAUCCUUCCCAAACAUGUUUUCAUCAUUGCUAAUGAGCCAGUUGCUGUAGUAUUUUUUUUUUUUAUUGGUGGCUAUUUGCCGUACUAUUUUGCAAACAAUGGCAAGACUGUGUAUCUUUAGAGAUCUUCAGAUCUCUUGUUUGCCUCCUGUCUAAACUCAAGCUAUUACUUAGGUUUGCUUUUUCUUAUUUGGAUCUUAAUAAUCACUCCAGAUCAGAUUUGCUCCUCAAGUGUAUAUUCUUAAAAAAACCCCAAAAAAACCUAAAACAACAUCACCCACCAAGAAGUAAAAAUACCAGAGUCAUAAAUGUGUUUUGUCAAAUGUGAAUCUUGUUCCUGUCUAGACUGACAGCCUCCCUGAAAAGUCAAAGGCGCAUUUGGGAAGUAGACUUCCCUUUUUCACUCAAGUCCUGUGCUGUUCAUAAACCACUGAGAUACUCCUUAAUUCUGCAUUUCAUGUAACACUGGAGCAUCUUCUCAUAAAAGAAAAAGCAUCGGACCGACAGCCAGAUGAAUUUCUGUAGUUUCCUGAUGUUUCUUGAUCUUUUUUUUAUGUUUUAGUGAGAGCCACUGAAGAUUUAGAAGCAUUUGUUUUAGCCAUAACUGUUUCUAUUACCAGAAUGCUGUAGAGGUGAAAUGUAUUGCUGGUAUGUAUGUAAACAUGAAAUAAGAAGGAUACCCAUUCCAUUUCAUGGUUGAAUAUGGUCCUGUUCAUUAUUGUUAGUAUGAACUCAAUUCUGUGAAUUCCUUAUCCUUUUGCAAAGUUUAUGACAGACAGAAGCAGGUGCUACAAAGCAAAGAGAGAAGAUGUAUUUGCUAGAGCAGUAGGUACUGCUCUAGUUACUAUCAUUAAUCUAAUUUCUGUCUAUAAAAAGUGUAGAGGAAGGUUUGUAAGAUGUACCGUAUUUCUGUUGCAUAUGAUCUAUUGACAGUGUCAAGAAGUAUUUGCUCAUCUUGAGAACAGUGAUGAGGUUUCACUAGUAGUUGGGCUGGAUUUGUGUACAGUCAAAUCAUCAGAAAGAUCAGAUUUGAUCCAUUGUGAGGAGUGGUUGGAGAUUUGAUACAGCUGCUUCUAGAUUAUGAAGUAUCUUUGUUGCAGGUUGAGGUAUGAGUAUAUUUUGUGGUAUUUUACACUGCAUGUCUCAACUUGAGUUGCCCUGUGUGAACCUUGAUCAUGGUAGCCCUCUUGUGUAUUGGGAUUUUUGAGCAGGUCUCUGCUGGUCUUGCUUCUAGUUUUUCCUCAAAAGACAGUUGUACUGGAUGUGGCUUUUCUUCUUUAAUUUGUUUCUAGCCUUCUGUCGUUGGGCUGCUCAUUCAGAAAUGUGGCCGGAACAGUUUUUGUUCCACUGUGUAGUUUAUACAGAAGCUAGGGACCUUUAUGACGCACAUCCUUUGAUUAUAUUCAAUGUGCAGGUAAUGCACACUUUGAGGUUUUCCAGUGGAGCUUAAGGACAAUAGUGACCUUUUAUGCCUCUUCUGCAGGACUCUGUGCCAAUAGUCGUCACUCAAACGCUGAAUUCUGAAUAGGGCAGCAUUCAUACAGGUUCGUGCUGAGCUUAUUGUUUUUCAUUUGGGUGGAGGAAGACAUUGGUCGGGAAGGGGAGAGGGCGGGAGGGAGGCAGUGGCAUGCUGGCUGCAGCUUUCAGAAGCACCUUGAGGGCUGCAGCCUGCUCUUGCAGAACCCCUGUUCCUAGAGCCGUGUUCCUAGGCCAUUAGUGGUUUUUCUUGCAGACUGUCUUCGUAGUAGUGCCCAUGCUGAGCUUCCUGCACUGCAGUGUUGCAGUGAGUUGUGUUACCACUGAAGUUCUCUGUUAGGAAAACCUGCAUGUUGGGUUUUAUUUUUUUUUGAGAGAUCCAAUCCAGCAAAUCCAGAUCGUUACCUGGCUUAAGCCAGGCUCUAGCACAGAUCCUGCAGACAAGUGAAAACAGGUCUUUCAUAAACUCUGGGUCUGGCUCUGGCUGUUACCUCACGGCAGGUCAGGCAUCUUUUCCAGCAGUAGUGGUAUUACAGCAACAGUAUUGACAUCCAAAGAGAAAGCAGAAACUUUCAAGAAGUUGAGAAGAGCAGCUUCAGUGAGUAAUCUGAGAGGCAGGAUAAUAUUACAGAUAACAACAGGAGAGAGGCAGCAGAAUUACAGCACAGGCAGAAGGCAACAGGCCGGCCAGCUCAAAAUUAACCCAUCAAAAUUUUAUGGGGAAAAAUAAUCAAAUGAAUGCAAGCAUUUAGGCUCUACUGAUGAUGUGUAUCAUCUGUCCAGUAGGCUUCUAGCACUUGGAGCCUGAAUUCAGGUUUAAGAUGUCAAGAAACUAUAGCUAUAAUAUCAUCAGAAGCUGAAAUACGUAGCAGACAGCAGAGUUCGCUGUAUGGUUGUCAUGAUCAGGAGAGUCUGAGGUAAAGCACACAGCCUGUGUGAAACUAAUCGUCUGGUUUAUUGUUUUCGCAGUGUCCAGCUAGAGCAAUUAAGGCAGGUCCCUGCACCGACAGGCUUAUAGUUGAGGGAUACAAAUGAAAAGGAUGGUGGAAGUAGUGGCAGAACUGGAAAAGGUUUUGUCAUGUGCCUAAACUGGGUACUGCAUCCUUACUCGCUUUAAGCCUUUAGAUGGUUGUGUAAAAUGUUUUGGACAGAUGAUUGAAAUGGGAAGAUGUUGGUGACAUCUUCCAGAGGAGUGCUAUACCUAUCACGUAAAUUCACAACUUUUCAAUUAGAAAAAGAUGAUGAGGAGCCAUGGACAUGGAAAAAGAGUUGCUACAACUGUGUAUUUAACUUUUGUAAAAGAAUUUUGUGACUUUUGUCUAAUUUUAUAUUGUAAGAUCUUGGACAUAUUACAGCACGAUGCAAAUGUUGUAGAAAAAAUAGAGCUGAGAAAUAUGAACAUAUGUACAUUAAUUUAUAAAAAUGUACAUGUAUCUGUAAAUCCUUUUAAUAUGUUUAUUGAUGACAGAGGGAAAAUAUUUUGGUAUUUAAUAAAGUAUAUUUUAGUAUAA